AUGCAUUCUUUGUUAAAUAAAUGUUUUAAACUAAAUGGUACCGAUAAUUCUGUAGACGAAGAAGAGAGUAUCUUCGAAUCCUGUAAAAUAAUAAAAACCUUGAAUAAAGGGAUAGAUGGAAUGAAUUAUGUUAAGAAAAACAAAAUAGGAAAUGAUUAUUUUUGCGGUUAUGAUAAAAAUAAUUCUCUUGAAGAAAUGAAAACAAUUGAUUUUAAUGAAAUAAAAACAGAAGAUAGUAAUUUGAACGCUUAUUAUGAAAAUAAUUUUAAUAAAGUAUUUAAUAUAGAGUAUAUAAAUUUUCCUAAUUAUUUUUAUAAAACAAUAUUUUUGAAUUUUUUCAGCUCUUUUAUAGAAUUAGAAGACAAAGAAAGCAUUUCUUCUGAAUAUAUAGAGGAAAUGAACAAAAUAUGCAAUGCAAUGAAAAAUCAAAAAUAUAUUUUGUUGCAUAAAGCAAAUUCAAUUCCUCAUCAGAAAAAAAGUAGCAAUAUAAAUUAUAAAAAUGGCGAUGCUUUAAUAUGUAGUGAUAAUAUUAUUGCAGUAGCAGAUGGUGUUUCUUCUAUUAAUAACAGUGGUAUUAAUGUUAGUAAUUUUUCAAAUGAAAUUUUAAAAAAAUGUUUGAAUUUACAUAUAUAUAGAUGCAUUAAUAAUGAAAUAUUUGAGAAUCAAAAUAAAAUGAUAUUUAAACAAUAUAAUUUAAAAUAUAAAAAUGAUGAAAUAUUAAAACCAAUAGUGUGUAGAAGUGCAUGCUCGGCUAAUUUUCUGGGUGCAUCUACUCUUCUUUUUUCUGCUUUAGAAAAAGAAAAGUUGCAUAUAUGCAGUAUUGGAGAUUGCCAAAUGUUAAUUGUAAGAUUGAAAGGAAAUUAUUUAAAGGAUAAAGGAAUAGAAAAGAUUCAUAUAAAAGUGAAUACACCAGAAGAAAUAUUGUAUUUUGUAAAGGAUGAGAAAAGUCUUGUGACAAAGAAUAACAAUUGCGAUAUAAAAAAUGUUCAUGAAAACAAUAAUAAUAAUGUAAUGAAUAAUGAAAAAGUAAACAUCAUAGAUUAUAAAAGGGAAGAAAAUACAACAAAUGAUAUAGUAAAUUGUGAGGUAUCAUAUGAUAAUUUUCCAAAUAAGAAGUCGUAUAAUAGUAUAGAGAAUGAUAGUACUUUUAAAAAUAAUAAAGACAUAUUAAAUGAUUUAUAUUCAAAAAGAAAAGAAUUAUACUAUAAUGAUUUUUUGAGUGAUUUAAAUAUAAAGGAAUCAAUUAAAGAAGAUUCAGAAAUAAUAUUAUAUAUUGAAGAUCAACUAAGUGAAGAUAUAUCAGAAAAUUUUGAGAAGUACCUAUCCAAAAGGAGUUAUAAAAUUGGAAAUUUAUCAUUUAAAAUAGAAGAGGAUGAUUUUUAUGAUAACUCAAAUAUAAGAUCAGAUACUUUGAUUUCUCACAAUUGUUCUUCCACUAGAGAUGACUUUUCAGAAAAUGAAAAAAAAAAUUUCUCAGUUAAAAGUACUCUAGAUAAUAUUGGUUACAGAAAUUUGUUAAACUUGUUUAACUUAGAUAGAACACACAUCAUAAAAAACAAAAAUAAUUGCUCAGAAAAGGAAACAGAAGAAGAGAAGGUAAUAGAAAAAGAAAAAGAAAAUCAUGUAGAAAGUGGGAAACAAAAACAAGAAAAUAAAGAUGAUAGUAAAGAAGAUGACAGAGAGAAAGAGAAAAAUGAUCAACUGGAAGAAUUGGGAAAAGAAAAAAAUCAAUCAGAGAAGGAAGAAAAGCAAAAAGAUGAAUUAGAACAAGAAAAAGAAGAAAAAAAAAAAAAAAAAAAAGAUACAAAUAUCAAUAAUUUUAAUGAUUAUAGAUUCCGAUUUUAUAAUGAUGAAAUAAGUAAAUUUGAUAUUAUUUUUAAAUCAAAAAUUCAACAACAUUAUUUCAAUUGUCCAUAUCAAAUAACAUUUAUGCCUAUAAACUUAAAUGAUAACUUAAGAAAUACAAAAUCAAAUAAUUCUUUUAAAGGAAAUAUAAAAAUGAGUAGAUAUAAUGAUAUUAUAACAAAAUGUUUAAGAUAUUGUGAAUAUUCUAGUGUUAAUAUUGAAAAUAAUGACAUAAUUAUAAGUGGUAGUGAUGGUCUUUUUGAUAAUUUAUAUGAUGAUGAUAUAAUGGAAAUAAUAUUUAAUAAUUUUUAUGUCUUAAAAUACAAUAAAUUUGUAAGCAUGAAACAAUUUAUAAAUUUUUAUAAAGAAUACAAAAAAGCUAUAAAGGACUUCAACAAAACAUUAAGUAAUAAUUUUAGCAAAAGAAAUCACUCUAAAAAAAAUUUUUCAAGUAAUUUAAGUGAUUCUUUUGAUAGAAACAUAAAUAAUAAUUCUAGAGAAAAAGUUAAAAUAAAAAUGGAGAGUGAUAUUAAACAUGGCAUAUCAAAUGUGAGUUGCACUUCGUCUGAUAAUUUUUCAAAAAACUAUAUAAACGAAGAAAACAAUAAUAAUAAUAAUAAUAAAAACAACAAUAAUAAUAAUAAUUAUAAUUAUGAUAAUAAAGGAGUUAAUUUAUCAAAUAAAGAAAAUAAAAAUAAUUAUUUUUUUAAUAAUAUUUACAAGCGUAAUUUGAAUUACGCUAAAAAUAAACUAAAGUUUCCUUCUAAAAUAAAAGGAAAGUUUUUUAUUAGAAUAAAAAAUAAAGUUCAAAAUAUAACAAAAUCAAAUAGUAAACAAAACAAUAAAGUAGAAAAAAAAAAUAAAUAUUCCAUUUCUCAGGAUUCUAAAAACAGUAAUACAAAAAAGGAUGAUGAUACUAUCUUUCAAAAAGAAUAUAGUAAUAAUAUUAAUAGUAGCAUUAAUAAUUUAUCUAAAAAUUUUAUGAAAAGUAGUACUGUUGAUAUUAAUAGGAGAAAUUAUUCUAUUCAUUCUGGUGGAAUGGAAAAUAGUAAAUACGAAAACUUAUAUGAAAAUUUAGAGAAUGAUAAUAAUUCACAAAGUGAUUUAAGUGAUUCAAACAAUUAUGAUUUAAAUUUUAACAAUUCAAAUAAAUUAUUAGAAAAUGAAAAAAGACAAACAACUAUAGAACAGUUAAUUGAUGAUGAUGUAGUAUCAUUAAGAAAAAAAAAAAAAAAUUCAGGAAAAUGGUUAGAUGAAGAAAAUACUUUUUCGGAGUUUCUAGAUGAAAAUAUAAUGAAUAAUAAUGUGUAUACUAACCGAGAAGAUAAUAGUUAUUAUAUGAAUGAAAUAAGAAGAAUAAAAAAAAAAAAAAAAGUAAUUGUAGAAAAAAAAAUAGAUUGUAGCAAAUUUUUAUAUGAACUAUCGGAUUUUAUUUUAAUUGAUAAAGAUAACAAAAUUUAUUUAAAUACUAAGAAGGCAUGCGAUGAGAUUUUAGAAUUAUCAACUAUUUUAGCUAAUCAACAAUUAAACUAUACUUUGUUAAAAAAAAGGAGAAUAAAAUAUAAUGGUAAAAUGAAAAAUAAUAGUAAUAAUAAUAAUAUUUACUCAAAAAAAGUAAAUAUAGAGAUGGAUAAAAAAGAUAAUGAAAAAAACUUCAACGAAGACUCUUUUUCUUUUUCAAAUGUUCAAGACAAGGAAAUUCAUUUAUUUGAUAAAGUUAAUUAUGAAGAUAUACAAUCAAAUAAAUCAAAUGAUAAAAUUAUUUUAACACCUAUAUCCGAAUUUAUUUUUGAUAAAUAUAAAAAAUAUUUUAACAUGGGAAAACCAGAUGAUACAACUGUCAUAGUUUCAGUUGUUAAAGAAAAUAGAUAUAAUGUUUAA